AUGGAGGACGGCAAGGUCCGAUGUGAAGCCGAGGCGACCAAACGGUCCCGUCGCUGCAAAGUUUGUGUUGGCCAACUUGUUUUUUGGUUACAGCGUACAGAUGAUAGUUGGUCAGGCGAAGACUUCCUGUUACGACAAUAA